UCGUGAGAGAGCUUCAGUCGCUCUUGACUCUUCGACCAUCGAGAUAUCGGCGAAACAGGCAAAACAAGACGAGAUAUUGUGCGUGAUAGGCAAAUAAUCAGUUUAUAAUAUUGCGAAAGUGUGAAUCGUCAUGAGAUUUCAUCAGUGUUUAGUGCCCGUGGUGGUGCUGCUAUUAGUAAAGAAUUCCUCCGCAAGACCUGGUGUGUUACGAGAUUUGGUUGGCGGUAAUGUUGGCUCUUUGCUGGACCCGUUGGGAAUUUUCAAACCCAAGGCAAAUAGCCAGGCUACAGCUAACGCCCAAUCGUUAGGAGGAGGUUUAAAUAUCGGACCGAUCGGAAUCGGAGGUGGAUUUUCCUCGUCUUCCGCAUCGGCGUCGGCGAACGGCGGCGGUGGUUCGGCUUCAGCAAAAGCGGAUGCUCAAGCUCACGGAUACGGAGGAUACGGAAGUUCCAAUGCACAAGCUUCCGCUAAUGCCAACGCACAAGGUGGUUAUUCGGGAAUUCCGGGGGGUUAUAAUGGCGUGAAUGACGGUCAUUACCGUCCUGGAGUCAGUCAGGUUCCCAUUCAAGUGAAUCGACCGAAUUACGGAAGUUACGGUGGCUCUCAGUCUAAUGCUAACGCUAACGCUAAUGCGAAUGCCAACGUUGUCGCCAAUGGUGGCGGCGCGUUUCCGGGUGGCUCUUACUAUCCAACAUCUUCCAGACCUAAGGUCAUCGGAAACGCUAAUGCUAAUGCACACGCGAAUGCCGCUGGUGGCGUAAACGCGGGAAAUUAUCCUGGGAUAGACGAGAUAGAAGUAAUUCCGGUCAACACGUUACCGAUCUCUCAAUCAACUUCUCCGGUAUAUCCAACGCCCCAUCAGCCUCUCCGGCCAAUUUCUCACAAAGGAGACACCGUGAUCCCGAUCGUUGUUGUCGAGGAAUCACCAGGAGUGCAGUACCCGCCGUAUCAACGUCCGGGUCCUCCACCUCAUCAUCAUCAUCAUCGUCGGCCGCAUUACGGGGGUAAACCAAAGCAGCAACCCGUGGAGAUUAUCAUCGUCGAGGAAUCAGCGCCUAGCCAAGCUGAUGGUUACGGAAAUGGUGGCGUUCAAGGAACAUAUCCUGGACAACAAGGCUCUUAUGGCGGCCAUGGUGGCAAUCCCUUCUUAUCAGGCGGCUCGAAUGCCAACGCUAACGCUAACGCCAACGCCAAUGCUCAAGCAGGUGCAGGCGGUAACGGCGGACAUGGAAAUUACGGAGGAUAUCAGCAAGGUAGCAAUUACCCGUCAGUUCCGUCAGGUCCAAUUGGCGGGCACAAUCCGUUUUUAAAUGGUGGACAUUCCGGUGGUGAUGCCACUGCUAACGCUCAUGCCAAUGCAAAUGCAAAUGCUGGUGCUACCGGACACGAAGUGGGUACAAAUAAUCCGUUCCUUAAUGGCGGCGGAUCUCACGGUAACGCGGGAGGAGCAGGAGGAAAUUAUCAACCAGGUGGUUCAGGUGGAAUUGUUUUGGGCGAGAAGCCUAAGGGCAUCCCUACGACAUAUCCCGGUCAAUUUCCAUCCGGACAACCGGGUUCAGGUGGAAUUGUUUUGGGAGAGAAGCCUAAGGGCAUUCCCACAACAUAUCCCGGUCAAUUUCCAUCCGGACAACCGGGUUCAGCAGGAGCUAACGCUAACGCUAACGCCAAUGCCGGUAAUAUUGGAGGAGGACAUGGUGUACCGAUCAAAACUGGACAGGUAUCUGGAUCAGGCGGUUAUGGCGGAUCUUCUGGUUCAACCAUUCUUGGUGGUUACGAAGGUCAAGGAGCCACUGGCGGAAACAACGGAAUUGUUCUCGGAGGAUCCAACGGUCAUGGAACCGUUCUCGGAGGAUCCAAUGGUCAUGGAACCGUUCUCGGAGGAUCUGGAGGUCACGGAGGAUACGGAGGUAGCCAAGGCAGCGGUGGAUAUGGACAAGGAGGCUCUCCUGGAUUGAACCCUGGUGGAUAUGGAAGUGGUUCUUCUGAUGCUAAUGCUAAUGCCAAUGCUAAUGCUGGAAGCACUGGCGGAAAUGGCGGAAUUGUUCUCGGAGGAUCUGGCGGCCAGGGAAAUGUCCUUGGAGGUCACGGAGGGUACGGAGGUAGCCAAGGCAGCGGUGGAUAUGGACAAGGCGGCUCUUCUGGAACCGUUCUCGGAGGAUCCGGCGGUCAUGGAACCGUUCUCGGAGGAUCUGGUAGUCACGGAACUGUUCUCGGAGGAUCUGGAGGUCACGGAGGAUACGGAGGUAGCCAAGGUAGCGGUGGAUAUGGACAAGGCGGCUCUUCUGAUGCUAAUGCUAAUGCCAAUGCUAAUGCUGGUACCACUGGCGGAAAUGGCGGAAUUGUUCUCGGAGGAUCUGGAGGUCACGGAGGAUACGGAGGUAGCCAAGGCAGCGGUGGAUAUGGACAAGGCGGCUCUUCUGGAACUGUUCUCGGAGGAUCCGGCGGUCAUGGAACCGUUCUCGGAGGAUCUGGUAGUCACGGAACUGUUCUCGGAGGAUCUGGAGGUCACGGAGGAUACGGAGGUAGCCAAGGUAGCGGUGGAUAUGGACAAGACGGCUCUUCUGGUGCUAAUGCUAAUGCCAAUGCUAAUGCUGGUACCACUGGCGGAAAUGGCGGAAUUGUUCUCGGGGGAUCUGGUGGCCAGGGAAAUGUCCUCGGAGGUCACGGAGGUCACGAAGGAUUCGGUAACCAAGGCAGCGGUGGAUAUGGACAAGGUGGCUCUUCUGGCGCUAAUGCUAAUGCCAAUGCUAACGCCAAUGCUGGAAGUUCAAGUAAUGUUCUUGGUGGAUACGGAGAUGCCGUUAAAGGACUAGGCUCUGGACAUGGAGGAUUUGGUGGUCAAGGUGGAUACGGCGGAGGAGGCUCGAACGCCAACGCAGAGGCGUCUUCUAACGCGAUCGCGUCAGGUGGUGGCUCAUCCAAAGCUACCUCUGACGCUGUAGCAAAUUCCAACGGCGGAUCGGCGAACAGCUCCAGCAAAUCCUCAGCCUUUACAAGCGGAUCGGGAUCGGCGAAUGCCGACGCUUCCAGCAACGCAUCUUCUGGGACCUACGGUAAUAUUGGACCGAAGAGUUCGGCCUCGAGCCAAGCGUCAGCCUCGGCCAACACCAGGGACAUGCUGAUCUUCAAUUAAACAUUGUGAUACAACGAAACGUACAGACGGGAAAACCUCCCUCGACUACAAGAGCGACAUAAUACUCGUUAUUCAAGUUUUGCUACUCCACGAGUAAACGUGACCUAUACGAAUAUGACGUAGUUAUAUAGUGCCUAGUUUUUUUUAUGACAAAAUGUUAUAGGGUUAGAAAGAUAUAUCAUGACAUUAUGUAAAUAAUGGGUUCAAAUUUAUAAUUAUGAGUUAUAAAUUUGUACGCAUUGUACGCUUGAGAAUCAUAUGAUCGUCGAGAUUCAAACUAUUCUCGAAAUUGGAAUUAAUGCAAUUUUGAGAAUAGACAUUUUCAUUUGUAAACAUUUCUUGAGCAUUUAUUAGAGAUUGCGAUAAGAGUAAGAUGAUCGAGAUGGUUUUAAUAUUUUUAGUACGAUAUUUAGAGCACUUAAAAAGACCUUAACUUAAUACUUGUAUUUAUACGUCCGUGAAUUUCGUCAGAGGCAGAUCAAACAUUAUUUUGCUCAAUAUAUAUGACGACGAUUAUUUAACUACAAAAUUAAAAUUACGAUAAAAGGAAUUAACAAUCCUUACAAGCAAAAGAAAUGAGCUAUAGACGAAAUUGAUGUUUAAAGUAAUUGAUUAAUCAUGACGUAUCUGUCUCAGACUAAAUCACUUUUAUACUUGUCCGUCUUGCGAUAAUAGAAAUGUAUAAGAUAAUACUUAAAGCAUUUAAAAUGACUUUAAUUCAAUACUCUCUUUUACUUUAAGUUUACUUAAAUUAUAUAGCUAUCCUCUUUUUAACUGGAUCUGUGAUUUAUAUGGAACGUGCCAAAAUACUGAAACAUUACUAUAAUUAUAAUAAGAAUAUAAGAAAAAAUGUAUAAUGUACUCAAAUGUUGCGUAAAGUUUAAAUCCCGAUUUUUAAGUAAUUGUGCUUUUAUUGCUGCAGUUUUUAUUUUUUGCUCUUUGCUUUGUACAAUUCGUUUACAUAUAAAAAAAUUCAUGUUAACUACUGCUUCAGAUCCCGAGGAAUAAAUGCGACUUCAAUUAUAUAUAAUUCGUAAAAAAUAAUUUCCUAAUAAAAGAUCUUCGAUUAAGUUAAAUAUAUUUGCAUUUUCGUGCAAUUUUUCGAAAUGGUAGAUUAACAAUAUACUUUGUGUUCUGUGUCGUACAAUUUUAUUAGUAUAUAAUUUAUCCAGAAACAUUAAUUAUUCGAACCAACACAUCACUUACUGAAUAAUCUUCAUUAUUUUUUUCAUUUUUUAAUUUUAUUUUAUGAGAAAGAUGUGAUUUUAUAACAUUUUUUAGUUUGGUAUUAUAAAAAUUGUUAAGCUAGAUUUUCUUAUGCUUUUCCUCAACGUCUCAUGAUGUUUAGUUAAUAUUUAUUUAUAGUACUGUUUCUUUAUAAGAACGUCAUUUCUAUGUUUAAAUUUCAAUUCUUCGCUCGUCUUUAGCAAGCAAAGAUUCUUCGAUAUUUUUUCAAUUUGACGCAGAAUAAAUUGUAUAACUUGGAGUAUUUUUUUUCUGCGCACAAAAACUAUUGUGCAAAUUAGCCUUUGUCGUAUUGCUUAAAUUUUUCUCAAAACAAAUCUUUACAAUGUAACAAAUGUGUAAAUAUAUAGGAAAUAAGAAAUAAAAAAAGAUGAUAAUUUA